GGGGCCACGUGCGCCCGGUGCCGCGAGCGGGGCCGCGCCGCAGCCCGCCCGCCAUGCCCGCCGCGCUACCGUGAGCCCCGCGCUCCGUGCCAUGGGGCCAGACCUGGGCUGGGCCGCGCUGGUGCUGCUCUUCGCCGCCUCGCUGCUCACCGUGGCGGCCUGGCUGCGGCAGUACUGGCGGUCCGCGGCCCUGCGAGCGCUACGGCGUCGCGGAGCGGCGGGGGAGGAGGCCGGGGCCCGGGCGCUGCUCGCGGCCCUUCUCGCCCUCCGGUCCCUGCGGGAGCAGUGGCAUCGAGCUUGGGUGCGAGCUCUCAACAGCCAGGCGCGCCGGCACGGGAGUUCAGUGCAGAUCACAUUUGAAGAGGGUCCUCAGUUACCACAAGAUGCCAAUAUAAGUUGUGUGACAUGCAAGGGACAGUCAGACCACAGCAUGGUGCUGUGCUGCCAUCUGUCAGCUGAAGCUGUGAAAUUCCCUGUCUCUGUUACUCAGCAGUCCCCUGUUGCUGUUUCUGUGGACACGUAUCAUGUCACUUUGGCUGUGCUGCAGGCUCAGGUGGAGAUCCACUUGGAGGAGAUACAGAAUGAGGGUCUCCUGGUGUCAUGGACAUUCAAAGACAGACCAGACUUGGACCUUUCUGUUCUUCCACGACUUGGGCUUCCUGAGAAGGAUGAAGGGAGAGCAGAUCUGUCCACUAUAAAGGAUCUGAUUGAGGAUACCAUUGUCAGCACAAAGCCAGCCAUGAUGGUGAAUUUGAUGGCCUGUACCGCUGGAGCCAGUGAGGUAUCCAGCAAUAAGUUGACUCGAGAGUCCCCGGCUGGAGUAGCAGUAGCCCCUCUGGGUUCUAAGCUGUUGCUCCGGAAUCUUCGGGUGCUGAACUUGGGCUGCCAGGAGAAGGGAGGAGUUGGGGAGAUACGUUGCAUGGCAGAGCUAGACAGUCCCCCACAGCAGAAGUGGACAAGGCCACUGACAGGUGGCAGUGUCGGUGCUGCAGGAGAGAUGGAGUGGAAUGACGAAUUCUUUCUGGAGUUGGGACCUAGAAGCAAAGAACUGAAACUACAGGUGCUGAGGAGCAGCGAUGGAGGGGGAAAUGUGCUGCUGGCAUAUGCCACACUUUUGAUAGAUUCUUUGGACAAGCAGCCAUCUGGGAGACAGGUCUGCUCACUGGUGCCAGGAGCUGGACAGUCACUGACAGCUGAAGCUUCCAUUACAUUGGAGCUGCUGUUCCAGGAGUCUCCUGCAUCUCUGAAUGCUCCACAUGCCACGUCUCUGCGAACCAGCAUCACCCCCACUAAGAAGGUGGAGAUGGACCGGACCAUCAUGCCUGAUGGCACCAUCGUGACUACUGUCACCACAAUUCAGUCCCGGCCCAAGGCAGAUUGCAAACUGGAUUCACCAUCGAGGUCGCCUUCCAAAGUGGAAGUGACUGAAAAGAAGACAACAGUGCUCUUGGAGACCGGCUGUCCUCACUUGCCCAGCAGUAGCCGGGAUAGUCAUUUGCCCAAUGGCUUGGAUCCGGUGGCUGAGACGGCAAUCAGGCAGCUAACUGAGACGAAUAACAAGACCACCAAGAAGACACCAACGAAACGUAGUACACUCAUCAUCUCAGGAGUGUCAAAGGUACCUAUUGCUCAAGACGAAAUGGCACUUUCUCUGGGUUAUGCUACAUCCCUGGAGGCCGCAGCGUAUGGGGACUCUGAGGUAGAGAGCACAGCUGACCAGAUGCAUGAUUUUACUGAAUUGUCACGGCCACUGGAAGCGUCGCCAUUGGGUCAAAGGGACAGUCAGGAGCUGGAUGAGACAACGCAAUCAGAUGUCUCUGAAAGGCCAUCUGUGGAAGAUGUUGAGUCUGAAACUGGCUCCAUGGGAGCCCUUGAGACAAGGAGCUUGAAAGAUCACAAAGUUAGCUUUCUUCGGAGCGGUACCAAGUUCAUCUUCCGGAGAAGGAGCAAGCAGAAGGAAGCAGGCCUGAGCCAGUCACAUGAUGACUUGUCCAAUGUCACUGCCAACUCCACCACCAGAAAGAAAACUGGUAGCUUCUCUCACCGCCUCAUCAAACGCUUCUCCUUCAAGUCUAAAUCCAAACCCAAAGGUAGUGACAACACGUCAGUUGCUGAAAACUGAAGGAGGGAGAAGCCCAUUGGAAAGAUUUCUCAGAGAUCGUUUUCUAGUCUCUUGUCUUCCCACUCCAUGGUAUCUGUGACUUGCAGUCCAGUUCUUUCCAACCUUGGCUGAGGGAAGACACCCCAGUGCUCUAUGCCAUCUGGGGAGCGGAGGCGGCAAACCCGAGACUGAGGUUGUUUGGCUGCCUUGGCUUAGCCUUCUCUGCUUGUUGCACCCCACUGUGCUCUCCCAGAAAAUCCAGGUGGCAUGCUAAUCCCCUUGGGGGUUCCAGGAACUGCAGAAAUUACUCUCAUGUGUGUCAUCAGGUGCCUCAUGGAAACAGGGGGCAGGUCUCUCAAGUGGCAACCUUUAGAGUUAAAAUCAAGAAACUACUGGGUUAGCUACAGUGCCGAGAAGUGUGAGAUGUAGCCUCAUUCAGGUGACAGAGAAUGUGUCUUCUAGUGACAGAGAAUGAUGCAGUCACUGAUGAUCUAAAUACUAUUAUUGCUUGUGCUUGGUGCAGAGGCUGUAACUUGAGGUAUGCUGCAGGGUGAUGUGUUCCUGGGCUGUGAGCUCUCAGAAGACAGCUGUCAGCUGUCAGAGUUGCGGUCCUCCAUCUGGCUCUGCCAUUGGAACAGUGUCUGGUUCAGACAGCUCUGAGGAACCCCUGUAUUCUGUGCUCUGUUGGUGAAGAAAGACAUCUAAGAAGAAGGAAGUUUUAACCUCUGCACAAAUUUUUGUAGAAGCCUGAGCCCUCGCAAGAAUGCCUGGUCAGUGUGUUGGUUCUGCCACCCUGUGCAGCCACCCCGUGACACAAUGCUCCUUCCACAUCUGUGUUCUUGAACAGGGAAGGGCCUGUACUGAAUGCACACACCAGCUAUUUUAUGAGGAGAUCCCUUACUCUUGGGGGUGGUUGGGGAUGUUGCCAAAGGGCUGCCAGGCUGUCUUCGAGACCUGCCGAGUGUCCAGUCUCUUGCUGUCAGGGUUCUCGUGCCAAGGACUGGCACCAUGCUGGGAAUGGAUGGCAAGGAAUAAGGCAAGGAAUGUAGUGAAGGGCAGUCUGAAGUCUGAAUGGGGAGCCUGAAGGCACAUGGCAGAAAGAGGCAAGAGUUUACAUAUUGUCACUGAUGGGUUUCCCUUAGUAGAGGGAAUCUUUCUGGAUUGUGUUUCGUAUUUCCUUUCUUGCAAAUGCGGUGCCCCCUGUUCAGAGGACAUUUCUGCAGCAGGUACUUGCAGAGAGGCAGAGGUGUGCAGAGGAAAAUAAAAUCCCUGUGCAGGAGGAGACUUCUAGAGGACCAUUUGUCCGGUCUCCUGGCCCAUACACAUUUUAUGUAUAAUAACCCCAGAAGUUCCCUUCAGAUAGCACAUAAUGCUCUUUGGAGAAACACUCAUGCCCUGUCAACGUGCCUGAUUUCAGAGAAACCUCCUGCUAUCCUGUGGGUUGUUGAGUUAAAGAAAGUGGGACAGAGGGGAGGAAAAACCUCACGGAAGACCUAUUUCCCAGGCCUGACUGGUUUCUCUAGUUCUGCUCUUCCAUCACAGUAUCUACUGUGGUGUUGUCUUUCCUUGUACAGGAUGCUGCCAACUGAAAUAGCAGUUCUCUUGAUGGCGCAGGUAAAAUGUGUUUCUUGGAAGGACAAACCCUGACUUGCUGAUACUGCUGCUGUGUGCCAUUUCCAACGAUCAGAACGUGUUUGGUGUGCUGCAGCAAAAGGAUUUACAGGUGGUUGUUUCUUGUGAAUUUGUACAGGUGGGGAAGGCCGGCGUUACCAAGGGUUGUAACUGAAAGUGCCUGUGUGUGCUAGCAGGAGGGACUCUUGACUGUUUUUCCUGCUGAUUCCUCACAUGAUUGGGCAUAUAUGAAUCUGAAAAAUAUUGGUUCAGCUGGCUGACCAGGAACCUCUACAUCUGUUUUGGUCUGGGAGUCUUUGUUGUCUCCAGGCUCUGUCGUGUCUUUUGUCCUUUCUUUGUUCUUUGUCCGCAUGGCACUGUGGCUUUGUUUGCACUUCUGUGCACUAUGGGUGUCAGAGAACUCACUGUUUCUCGCUGAGAAUAAAUUUCCUUGAUGUGAGUGACUGGUUUGCACUACAGUGCCAUUAGAACUUGGCCACUAGAAGUAUAGCAAUCCAGCCACCAGUUUCACAUCACCUUUUGCUGGGCUGGUGUGGUACGGUACUGUCACGUGGUCUGACACACCCUUGUUCUCUAAAUCUCAGAGUUUGAUUUCAGUUUGGUACUCUGUCUUGCACCAUCCCCUCUGACUUAUAGCUAUGACAGUACUUUAUGUUCCAUUUUUGGAUUAUAUUUAUUCAUUUGGACACCAUCUCAAGGUACUAAACAUUGAAGAUUUGAAUCCAGACAGCACCACUUCUCUGGUAGGAGACUGUGAAGCCUUGCACUAGAAAUGCUCUUUUGAGCAGAAGAGCCUAUGGCUUUGGCUUUUCAGUUGCGGGUUAGUCAAGGACCUACCAUGAGUCUCAUUUGAUAGUCCUGUAUUCUUUUCUUUAAACUUUAAAAGCUUGAGCUGUCUUGGUGUGGAGUGGCUGGAGGUGAACACCGUUCACUGUUCUUUGGAAUCAGGGAUCUGAGGCUCACGUACACAAGGAGGACUGUGAGGGCUAGCCAGUGUUGUACUUGUCAUUAUAGACUGGAGGCAGAAAAGGCAAGGUUUCUGUCUGACAAACACAUACCUAGAUUCUUGACCAACAUACUUUGGUCUGGCUUGUAGGAGGAGGUGAUGGGAAAAGGGAGUAAAACAAGUUCAAGUUACUCACUGGCCUUGGGGACCCUUUCUAGCUAUGUUAAAUCAGCCGUUCCUGUCGUAUGUCUGUGGCUUUCCUGUUUUGUUCCUGGUUUGUUGGCUCCAGGUUAUGCCUGCCAGUGACUUGCAGUGGAGGUAUGGUUUUUGAUUUUGAACUUGAUAUGGUGGAAGACAUUUGCACUGUGUUGGACAAAGUGAAUGGUACAUGGGAAGCAUGCCAGUAGGGGCAUAUCUUCCCUUGAAAUUUUAGCAGUGUUUUUUAGCACUGUCAGUAAAUUGUGCUGCAAAUCAGUAUCUGGUUAAACAGCUUGCAAAGGAAAGGGAUGUUGUCAAGUGCUGGCAGAGUGCAUCGCCAUAUAUUCAGUCCUACAUCUGCUUGUGUUUCCUAGAGGAGAUGUAUUUUCUGACAUUUUGUUGCUUCUCAAAAUUGUACAGCGUAGGAGUGAUAUUGUAACCUUUUAUCUUUUGUAUGUUCUCUGUAAGUGCAGGCCGUUUCUCAGGGUGUUUUUCAAAAGUGCUGUUUGAGGAACAGAGGGAUAGGUCUGCUGUGUGCAUUGGAAAUUUUUUUGUUCUGAUACUCUCCUCAUUAAACAUGUUGAUCUUUCCUCUUCCUAUCUCAACAAGGCUUUCUUUCUGGCCCACAAAGAUGUUUUCAUCCCCCAGGCAGUAGGUGGCGGUUUUGUUAAUCCUGACUAUGAGAGCACAGGUGGCUCUUCCUGGUUUCUCAAAGGCAUGAACGGUAAUGAAUUUGCCUCAUGGUGGAGGUGUGCUUAUUGGUGUGAGAAACAAUUUUUCUAUCCUAAUCUUCUCAGAUGGAAAGAGAAGGUCACACAGGGUUUUGUUCUCCAGAAGCUGCAAACAUGAAGUCCCCAGGAAUUUCCCCCCACAGAAUGGCUGCUUUAAGAAACCUCUUUUGUAUUUAACAUAUUUUGUGUUUCUGGCUUUAGGACAGAAGAAAUGCUAUUUUAAAUCUACUUUCCCUGUUUUACUUCUUCCAGAUACCUGUGCCCUUGCCUUGGUGCUGCUGUGGGCUCUGUGGUAUUUCAUAAUGCUUGGGACCACAGAGCAACCCCAUGAGUGGCGCAGGCCACCAUCAAAAUUUUUAAGCUCGAGUGAUCUGCAGUUGGCAGAUUGUUGUCUCAGGGUAGGCUCACUUUUUUGCACCUUGUGAAAUUGGUCCUUGACCAAAUAUAUGGUGGAAGAGGAACAGCAGAGCAGUGGGCUUGAAUGCAUGGAGGCUUCAACCUGCAUGAGGGCCUGCUUUCCACAUGCUGUGUUUUGCUAGUGGCUGCUCAAGCACAACAGUGACUUGUACAUGAAGCCAAAGUAGGCAUUUCAUUGAGAUUAUUUUGGGUUUUUGUUUGUUUUGGUUUGCUUGGAGGGUUUUUUGUUUGUUGGGGGUUUCUUGUUUGUUUGUGGGUUUUGUUUGUUAGUUUCCUAUUUUGGCUGAACAGAUUUGCUAGAAUUUACCUGUGUAUUUUUACUUCUCUGAAGAAAAUAGAUUGACGCUAGCUGAAAGCUUGUAACUAUGCUUGUAAGUAUAUUUCUGUCGGAUAAAUCAUCUCCCUAUGCUGAGGCAAGGCUGUUUAGGAGUCUUGUCAUCCACAAAGCUCUGUGUGUUGGCCCACGAAAGAUAUCAUCUUGAGUCAGUGGAAAACAGACACAGGAAAAAAAUGAAGGGGACCUCAAAAUCUCAGUGUUCUGAGGGUGCCAUAGGAUUUAGCAUGAUGGAUGUCUUAGGCCAGAGGAACUGGGUGCAUGGAUGUGCUUACAAUUAAAGCAUACUCUGCAAAUGUCUAUACUAGUAAUGGUGCAAAGUGACUGAGGAUGACAGUGCCCAUAGAUGGGACAGGAGAGUACCAGCUUCUGUGGCAUUCAUAUCCAUUUAUUGCACAGACUUCUGCAGGCACAGACCUGAGCAAGCAAGUCCAAUUCCUGUCCCUGCAGGCACUCUCAUGCAGCUUACGCAGUUGAGGGUGGGGUUUUAGGCAGCUUGACUGAAAUGGGGAAGAGCGAGGGGAGACUACUUGGGUGGAGAGCAAGUUCAGUGAAGGGGAAUGUAAUGAAAACUUCUUCAAACCACAGGCAAGUGCUAUUUUUAGACUAGAACUGGGCAUAUGGCAAAUGUUUUUGUUACAUGUUUUGGCUUUAGCAAGCAAGGCUAUAGCUUCUCUUGGGUCAUUGUUUGCUAAACCUACAGAAAAGUCAUUUCUGAGUAGCUGUGGAGAUGCUUUGGAGGGUUGUUAUUUGUGGUCUUUUUGCAUUGUUCUCUCCAUCCCACCUCCCCUACUGCAAGGUCACGCUGAGUCUCAGAGUAGAGUAACAGUCCAGCGUUGGUCAAAUUUCUGGCAAAGGUGUGCUUGUGAUAUUGCAGCUCCUUCUACAGGCAUGACUGCUCCACAUCACGUUUCCUUGCUUUGUAAGGUACUGGACCAAAUACCCACACGGAAUUUGAAUUAACACCCCUCUUUGUGUGUGCUAUUUUGUACUUUGAUGCUUUCUGUCUGGGUGGAUUAUUUUGACCCCACAUUGUUCAGGUGGGGAAGAAUUGGAACUGUGUAGCUAAUAAUGAAAAUCAAACUACAUAUGACUAAAUGAAGUUCUUGCACCUUUGUAAAUCUUGAAGAAGAAUUCUAUUGCUGUGUAAUGGCUGAGUCUGUUAACUUAUUAAACCACAUGAA